AUGCCUCAUCAGAAUGAAAUAAAACCGACUAUCUAUCGCGGUCAACUUCCGACCUCUGCAACUUGUCCUGGUUCGCUGUAUACAUGUGAUUUCCAUGAUGAUAUACAGAAUGUUGUGCAAAAGCGCACAGCGCUUAUGCCAGGUCAAAUGGAUAUAGUAUCAAACCAGACAUCAAGCUAUCACCCACUCCCUAUAAUUAAUCAUCCUAACUUCACUGUUUGUCAGAAAUCAUUUUGUGGGGCGUUUUUUGACUGUUCAUCAAAUGCAUCUUCACCAGGUUGUGCUGCUUCAUCACCGGUUUGUCAUUCAGGUAUAUAUGGGAUUAUUGAGCCUCCACAAAGUAGUUCUAUCCCAACAGCACAGACACUUGCUUUGUCUGCACACCAUGUUUCUUACAACCCAGACACUGUCGUUCCUCAAGGUUUUGCCACUGAAGACAGGAUGCACGGAAAUUCAUCCUCACACAAACUUACUCAUAGUCACAGUGCUCAAGAUGCUGGAGGCUUCAUGUUUCAGUCAUUGUUUCCUUCUCCAGGUCAAGUGUUACAUCGAUAUGGUUCACACCUAACUCCAAAUCAUAUUCAAAUGCACCAAAUUUCUCCGCCAGGCAAUAUAUAUGGUCCGUUGGUUUCAGUUCCCGUACCUUACUUUUCCCUUGGAUCAACUAAUUCAAACUCUUUGUCACAUAACCCUCUAGUUUAUUCAACAAGAUCCGCGUCGAACUCAGCAUGUGUAAGCACAAAUAAUAAUCCUUCCAGUGCAAGUCCAUUAGUCAGUCGAAGACCUCGUCUCCCUAAUAGUAAUUCAUGUGCAUUUAGUGAAUUGUGGCAAUCGGGUCCUGCACCGAAUAUAUCUACACAAAGUUCUGCAUUACCACUAACUUCAAACAUCGGAAUAACACAAAAUCCACCAAACUGUGGUUUACGAGAGCGUGUUCCAUGUAACCAUGACACAUCUGCAUAUAAUGAGUCACAGUUUUACAUCACAGAAGAUAAGUGUUUCCUGCAGCCAGGUAGAGUUUGCCACCAUCAAGUGACCCCGAUCACUCAAAGCCCUAAAACAAAAGAUACCGAUGAGUCUUUAUUAUCUUCAGACUCAAAUACUAGUCCUACUGGAGGAUGCAAAUUAGAACUGGGUAACAAAAAAGGUGCCCCACUCCCACCACCGAUUCCUCCUCGGUCGAAUUUGCGAAAUCAAUUUGUUUCAACAACAAAUACACGUGUUAAUCCUGAAGAUCUCAUAAUCUCAGCAACUGCUGUCCACCCUGUAAUACCUUCACACGCCUACAAAAAAGAAAUCGCGAGCAGACCUCAAUCACUAAACACAACUGUAAAUCGACAGAAUUAUCGGACAACAAGUAAUUCAAACAAAAACGCAGCAAGCCCCGUAGCCACGAUAAGCUCUUCUCUUGUAUUGAGUAUCUCGGAGGAAUCAAAUAAAGUCAAUACUACAGAUUCUCGUGUUCAAACUUCAGAUGAUAACUUACAAUCAGUAUUAUGUAUAGCAAACGACAUAAACUCACCGUCAGAUACCCCUCCAAAACUACCUCCUCGUAUGGUGACAUCGAACAACUGCAAUUUCAUGAUAUCCAAAAAAUCUCUAGCCCCUGAAAAAGUUGAAAAAUUUAGCACACCACACAUGAAUACCCCUACAGAACAAAAGCAACAAGAUGAAAUUGGAACAGAUGAUUUUUGUAGUCGAUCGGCUAGUCCGUUUGUAAAUCAACCAAUAAAAACUUAUUUCUCAAAUUCAAUGGAACCUGUUAUCCCUAUAAAACUUGAUAAUGAUGGUAAUACGGAAAAACCGACAUAUCCUUCAACGAAACUAUCAACACAAGUCCAAGAACCUGAAGUAACAAAAGAAUCUAUGGAUUCAUCCCAUGAACAGCAUACAUUUCGAAUAGUAAAACCAGUUAAUCCAGCUGUUUAUCGACGGUUUAUGGAACAAAGAAUGGCAGAUAUUGGUAGAAUACACCGCGAACGUAAGGAAAGACGUGAUCGUCUUGAAUCCGAAAUGUCCAAAGUUGGUUUAGAUGAAAAUGCUCGUGUUCAAAUGCGCUGUUUACUUCGCAAAAAGGAGUCUAAUCACAUGCGAAUGCAACGUGCUAAAAUGGACCAAUCAAUGUUUUACAGGAUAAAACAUUUAGGUGUUGGAGCAUUUGGCAAAGUAUGGCUUGUACGCAAAAAGGAUAAUAACCAACUAUAUGCCAUGAAGUUAUUAAAUAAAAGAGAUGUUGUAGAACGCCGACAGUUAGCUCAUGUACAAGCUGAAAGAGAUAUUCUAGCUGAGGCAGAUAAUGAGUGGGUCGUGAAAUUGUUUUUUUCAUUCCAAGAUUCACGAGCACUUUAUUUAGUUAUGGAGUAUAUUCCUGGUGGUGAUAUGAUGUCAUUAUUAAUUAAAAAAGGUAUUUUCGAAGAACCGUUAGCACGAUUUUAUAUCGCUGAAUUGACAUUAGCAUUGCAGAGUGUUCACGCUAUGGGAUUCGUUCAUAGAGAUAUCAAACCGGACAACAUUCUCAUUAAUCGUGAGGGACAUAUUAAAUUAACAGAUUUCGGUUUGUGUACUGGCUUUCGCUGGACACAUAGCUCCAAAUAUUGGGAUUUAGACUUCAAUAUACCUUGUUCCUCACCCAGCCGUAAUAGGAUAAAUCGAGCUAAAACAGCUGAACCACCUGAGUCAACCAAAUUAACUGAAGAUCAGAUCACGAAAAGCUGUAAAGAAUGUGAUGAAGACGAUGUUACAACUAUAGAAAAGGAAGAGGUUGGGGUACCGGAACAAGUGCACAAUUCUCGUCAAACAAAUGGUAAACAAUUCACAGCGUUAAGGGCGGUACACCAUGACAAAACACUUGAAAGGCGUAGGAAUAGUUUUGCUAAUCGCCGAUGUGCACAAUCUUUAGUUGGAACGCCGAAUUACAUCGCACCAGAAAUUUUGCGCAGGCAAGAUUACGGACAAGCCUGUGACUGGUGGUCAGUUGGAGUGAUUUUAUACGAAAUGCUUGUUGGACAGCCUCCUUUCCUAGCGCAGACAGCGGCAGAUACACAAAUUCGUGUUGUCCAGUGGUAUAAUUACCUUAAGUUGCCCGGUGAGCCACGUUUAAAAAAAGAUGCAAGUAAUCUUAUACGUCAACUCCUCCGAGAUCCAUCUGAUCGACUAUCUGAUCCAGUAAAAAUAAAAUCUCAUCCUUUCUUCGAAUCAGUUGCAUGGGAUAAACUUGUUCAGCAAACGCCCCCAUACGUUCCAACAAUUCGUGAUGAAUUGGAUACAUCCAACUUUGACCCAGUUGACGAUGAACGUACACUUUAUAGUAGUGGGAACAAUCAUAGUUUGGAUUAUUCAUCGGCUAACAAUACUCAAUUACCAUUUCCAAACUUUACAUUCAAACGAUUUUUCGAUCGCGAUCCAACCACUAUUCAAACUCCGUAA